GUUUCAAGUGGCCCUCCCGCCUCCUCUCCCCUUUUCCCCCCCCCUCUGUCCCGCUCUCCUCCCCCUGACCCCCCUCUUCCAGCUGAGUUUGCACCCCUCGGAGAGGCCGCCCCACCCCACCCCCCGCGCGCCCCCCCCUCUCCCUGAGUCUUGCCUCCAGACAAGAUGGGCAGCGACAAGACCCUCAAGGAGCGCUUCUACGCCUUCAUCGAUGAGUCGUACUUUGGCUACCAGUUCACGGCCUGGUCCAUCGUCCUCUACAUCCUCGGUGUGCUGCUGAUUGCCAUCGGUAUCAUCAUCUUCUUCGUUGUGCCGCCGGUCCGCCACCGUUCCCUGGUCGAGCGCGACAUCCCCACCGGGGACUCCAUCGACUCUCUGUCCCCCUGGACCAACCAGCGCUAUGAGGUCAACAUCACCUUCCCCUCGGCGCAGCAGUACAACAACGGCUGCCCCGACCAUGCCACCAUCUACCCCCUGGACAUGAACGACUCCAAGCAGAUCACCUUCGCCAGCGAUGAGAGCACCCUCUCGUACCAGAUCCAGCGUUCCUUCGCUCUGCAGUCCUCCAAGGGUGUCUCGCUCAAUGACCAGAUCACCCUCUUCAACCCCACCUACCUGGAUGUGGUCAACAGCUUCGGCUCCGAGAGCGAGCUCAUGAGCCACCAGUGGACCUCCCAGGGGAUGGCCGGCCGCAUGGCUAACUUUGCCCUGCUCUCGUCCAGUCUGAUCGCCAACCAGUACUUCUCCACUGUCUUCGAGACCAUGUACAACUCCUCGGCCAACGGUGACUUCCUCUUCUCGGCCCUGACCCGCUCCAGCAAGUUCGCCGACGCCGAGAAGGCCGCUCUGCACAAUGCCCAGGCCCACAUGCUCAACCUCAUGGAGAACCCCUUCUUCGUCGACAGCGACCCGACCGCCUUCCCCUUCUGCCUGGUGUCGGAUUCCAGUGACUCCACCGACACCGACAGCUACUGUGCCCUGGGCGACACUGCCUGCCUGGCCACCUGCAACCUGAACUCCCCGCUGCCCACCCCCCAUGUGACCCCGACCUCGGAUGUCGGCAUCUCCAACCUGCCUGGCUGGAUUGCCGCGUCCCACAACUGCGAGCGUGGUCCUCUGACCUCCGCCGCCAACGCCUAUGGUCGCCUGGUGGCCGGCUGGUUCCCCGGGACUUCGCACUGCUCGGCCUCCCUGCACAAUGCCUUCAAGGUGGAGGGUGCCUCGGCUUCCAACCUCAGCAACCUGAUCGGCACCCCGGCCGCCGUCAUCGCCGCCUUCAAGGCCGGUGGUACUUGCCGGACCGCGACCGCGGGCAGCAACACCGAGGCCCUCUGCACCCAGAUCCAGGCCUUCGCCGAGGCCCAUGGUGUUCUGGAUGUCCUGCCCUUCAACCUGCAGGAUGACGACGAUGUCAAGACCUACCUCCGGUGCUAUGGUCCGGUGACCCUCGGCACCGCGGAGGUCGCCAUCACCCUGUCGAUCUCCUCGCGCUACACCAAGACCCCCAAGCACUACACCUAUGGGCUGGACACUUCCGCGCAUCCCUUCGCCGUUUGCCAGGAGAUGUUCACCGAUGUCCAGGACAAGGUCGGCGACUACUUCCACGACCCGGCCUUCUCCAACCCCGCCGAUUCCCUGGACGAGUCGAUCCGGUCCUUCGUCGAUUCCAUGAAGCCCACCCUGGAGGAGCUCUUCAUGGAGCUGAUGAGCACCCCCGGUGGCAUGGAUGCCUCUGGCGUGUUCACCUCGCCGGUUGACCCGGCCGACGCCAACGCCCCGAACGCCCUGUCCUUCUCGACCAACGACUCGCUGAUCAAGCUCUUCUUCCCGAGCCGCGACCCGCAGGGCACCCUCAAGCCGGUGAGCGUUGUCAACCCGGAUUACAACCACCAGCUCACUUCCGCCUGGGAUCCGUUCUACCUGCCCAAGGCCCUGGAGGGCACUGCCGGCUACCUGUUCAAGGCCCUGCGCUUCACCGACGCCGCCAAGCUCGGCUUCGAUGGUGUGCCCCGCCUGAACAGCUUCUUCACCCAGAUGAGCAACUGGGCGCGCGACUUCGCCACCGAGUACUUCGCCGAUGGUCUCCCCCACGCUGCCUCCCAGUGCUCCGGGGUCACCUCCUUCAUCAACAUCGCCGACUGCCAGUCGGACUUCGGCAACCUGCUUGAUGACUGCCACACCGAUGCCGCCAAGGCUUCCUGCUCCGUGUCCGCGGUCCUGGCCGAGGGCCGGGAGAUCCCCUUCUUCCCGGAGUACUUCCAUGCCAGCCGCCUUGGUCCCUUCGACGACCACCUGUCCUUCAAGUCGGACGCCGCCUACCCCACGGCCAGCCGCGACACCUACACCCAGCUCACCACCUACGCCCAGCUGUUCGAUUCGAACCUCUCGGCGGACCACCAGCGCCUCCAGGCCUACCUCGUGUCCAACUAUGUGAUUCCCCACCUCAUUGGCAACGACGGUAUCAUUGCCACGCGCCGCGUGUCCGACUGGCUGUACGGCUUCAGCGGCCAGCUGCAGCGCAAGGAGUUCAUCGCCCCGCCGACCGGCUCCAGCUCCACCUCGGCCUCGGCCCCGGCUUCGACCUCCGGCUCCACCUCGACCUCGGCUUCCGCUUCGACUUCCGCUUCGGCUUCGGCUUCCACUUCGACCUCGACCUCGACCUCGACCAGCGGCAGCUCCCCCUCCCCGGUCGAGGGCGCUCCUCGGUUCCCGGGUCUGCUCUUCCAGGGCCUCCUCACCCCCCGUGUGACCAUGUACACCGGUGCCUUCAAGCGCCGCGAUGAGGCCUACAAGGUGAAGGACAUCGCCGGUGUCAGUGCCCCGGGUGCCGACCUGCCCUACCUCCCGGGCCAGGGCAUCGCCGCGGACAAGGUCUUCCUGAUGGAUCACCUGCCCUUCGACACGGCGGCCACCGGCGAGUCGCAGGUUGUCUUCAACCCCUUCCUCAACCACCCGGUUGAUGUCUCCUUCACCGAUGCCGAGUUCAAGAUCGAGACCAUGGAGGGUGUUGUCGGCGAGGUCAGCCUCUUCGAGCACUUCAAGAACGAGCCGGUGCCCGUGCCGCACACCGUCGGCAGCGCCGUUCCCUUCGACUAUACCCUCUGCACGUCGGACAUCCCGUCUGGCCAGUCGGUUGUCGGCUCGCCGGACAUCUGCCCGCUGGAGGACCUGCCUGCUUGGGUCCACCCUGCCUCGCUGGUUGUGCACCCGUCCUCCGGUCGGACCAUGCACAGCAACUUCUGCCUGGUCCAGUCGGUGUCCAUCCCGAACGCCGACCUGCCCUUCUCCAAGUUCAGCGUCCCGGCCGGCGGCUCGGGCCUCAUCUUCGGCAUGGCCCGGCUGAGCUUCACCCAGCAGAUGUCCUCCCAGUAUGCCCUGGACUUCAUGGAUGCCUAUGAUACCAUCAACAAGUCCAUGCUUUCGGCCCUGAUUGCCCUGUGCGUGGUGGGCUUCCUGGCCCUGCUGGUUGGUGUGAUGUUCACCAUCUUCGCUGUUGUGCGCCACGUGCGUAAGCGCCAGCGCCAGGCCAACUCCGACCUGGUGGCCGACCCGUUCGGUGAGGGCCGCGGUUAAUGCGGGUCUCUCCCUCCUCUCCCCCCCCCUCGUCUCCCUCCUCCCCCCCCCUUCUUUCUCGUCUCUCCUCUCCGCGGCGCGAGUGCGCGCGUCCGCCGCCGUGUCGUGUGCCUGAGGCCAGUUUCCGAUGACGCUGGGUGUCGUCGGGAGCGUGUGCCACACACCGGCCAGCUGAGGAGAGGUGGCACCCGGCCCUCUACCACCCGGUCCUUCUCUCCCCCCUGCGCCUCAACUCCUCCUCCUCUCUCUGUGUGUUCACAUUUUUGUGCUGCCCCAGAGAGCGGGGGAGGGGGCGAUGGCGGCGGGUGGACCACCGGGCAGCGGGGCGUGUGCGUGUGUGCUCGCUUGUGCGGCUCCUUCUUCUCUUCUUCCCCCCUGUCACUUCUUCCUCGCUCACCGAUCUUGCGGUGAGCAGA